AUGGGCCCAGGGAACAACGUUUCGGUCCACUCACCAUAUCCAUAUCCAUUUUUUCCUUCAGAACUUUCACCAAUUAAUUGUUUCAAUUAUUUAACAAAACUAAUAAACAAUAAUGAAAGGAAAAAACACAAUGCAAAAGUUGAAGAUAUCAAAUUUUCCGUUCGCGUUUCAUUCAUCUUUGACGCGACUUCGAGCUUCAGUUCACGGAUUCUGCUUCGACGCUUAUGGAUCGGAGACGCUCUGAUGACGUUUUCACAGUUGUCGAAAGUGAAACAGAAAUCCAGAGAUUCUUUCAGUGUUGUUGUUAUUGCGAUUGCGUUUACGCGUGAAGAGGAAGCUGUUGGGGAUUGUUGA